GUUACGGCAAACCAUCCGCCGCAGAGGCCGUGGAUUCCGCUGACGAGGCCCAACAGGACGAGACCAACAUGUAUCUUCACAGUGAUGUGCUACAACGUGUUGUGCGACAAGUACGCCACGCGACAGAUGUACGGCUACUGUCCGAGCUGGGCGUUGGACUGGGAGUACCGGAAGAAGGGUAUUCUGGAUGAAAUACGCCACUAUGCGGCAGACAUCAUCAGCCUGCAGGAGGUCGAGACGGACCAAUUCUACAACUUCUUCCUGCCAGAGCUCAAGCACGACGGCUACGACGGCAUAUUCUCGCCCAAGUCCCGGGCGAAGACGAUGGCGGAGAACGACCGCAAAUACGUCGACGGCUGCGCUAUUUUUUAUAGGACCGCCAAAUUCACCCUGAUUAAGGAGCAUUUAGUCGAAUUCAACCAAUUGGCAAUGGCGAACGCGGAGGGUUCGGACAACAUGCUGAAUCGUGUUAUGCCCAAAGACAACAUCGGGCUGGCUGCGUUACUUAGGACUAAGGAUGCCGCUUGGGACAAUGGUGUUCCAUCUGAUCCAGCACAGGUACAACAACCGAUUUUAGUUUGCACGGCACACAUCCAUUGGGAUCCCGAGUACUGCGACGUAAAACUGAUACAAACGAUGAUGCUGAGCAAUGAAUUACGUUCCAUUUUGGACCAAGCUGGCCAGUCGUUCCGACCUGGCCACAAGCCUGACUCUUCCAACGUUCAACUGUUGCUUUGCGGCGACUUCAAUUCCUUACCUGAUUCCGGAGUGAUUGAAUUUCUUACGUCCGGUCGUGUAGCGGCGGAUCAUCGUGAUUUUAAGGACUUAGCAUACAAAUCGUGUUUACAAAAGAUCUCUGGCUGCGACAAACCUAACGAAUUUACGCACUCCUUCAAGCUUGCAUCUGCCUAUAGCGAAGACAUCAUGCCCUAUACCAAUUAUACAUUUGAAUUCAAAGGCAUAAUAGAUUACAUUUUCUACUCGAAACAAAGCAUGGUACCGCUGGGACUCUUAGGUCCGCUUAGCCAAGAGUGGUUUAGAGAGCACAAGGUUGUAGGAUGUCCCCAUCCUCAUGUACCAUCUGAUCACUUUCCUCUGUUAGUGGAACUAGAGAUGACACCAACGGUAGGAACAAGCAAUGGUUUGAUCUCACGCAGGUAGCAGCCGCUGCGAUCUAGGCCCAAGUAACCGUCAAGAGACGAUAAAUCAAUAACGAGGAACGACGAGGAUGAAGGAAAAAGGAUUCGCAUCACUUCUAUUACUUCUGGCUCUAGCAAUAUCACUCGCAGUCGACUAUUAUUCUACAAUAGCGAACAUUACACACAGACACAUAUGUACGCGCAUACAUUACAUACCACUACACACGUAUACAUGUACACGCAAAAUACUCCAUACAUUGCCGCACGCUCGGCAAUCGACACGUUGUCGAUCCGGUGCACGGCCGGAUCAGACGAGAUACACAAUUCUAACGACCAGGUGAAGGGAGCCGUGUUGUAAUGCGUUUAGCCCAUGUAUAGUGUAUUGCAUUUUUAAAAAAGUGCUAACUCUCCCACGCCUAAAGAGCAUCGUGACCUCUCUAACUUACCAUCACUAAUAUGUAGAUACCUAUUUUCCUAUAUAAAACGAGAGAUGAAAAAAAACGCGAAAGGAGGAAAAGAGGAAACGACGACGAAUAUUCCGAUUCAAGAAAAGCCUCUGUGAUAUCGACAUUUUAAACGCAAUUGGAACAAUUAUUCACGUGUUUAUCACACAACAGAAAAACUUAGCGUCUUGCUAGAGAGAGACACACACACACACACAAGACCCUUUAGCAGACAGAGAACCCCUCCCUCCUUCCUCCCCUCUCCCCUAACUCCCUUCCUAAAUGUCAUUACAACAUCCUCCAAACUAAACCUUUUGAUAAGAAUGCUGCCAUCCAAUGAGACAAAAGAAAAAAAAAUUGUAUUUUUAAACGAAACGCGAAGCAAACGAGAAAAAAAUACGAAAAACUACAUGCUAUACUGGGCUGUGCGAAGUGAUUGGAGUUGACUUAAACAAUUUCAAUGCAAGUACAAAUCUGUUCUUAUUGGCCACGUAUAUAUUGAUAAUACGAUAAUGUUAUAUAAGAAGACGAGAGCGUAGUUAAUAUUGUAGCGGGUGUAUUUGUAAGUAAAACGAUAAUGUAAACGAUGUUCAUCAUCCCAGACACAAAUACACACAUACACACACGUCCGUCAUAACGUCGCGCGAGAUCAGUCGACAUCUUCGCCCAUACUUAUAGGUAUGUCCGUUCGGUUCGGAUUAUUAAUGUAUGUGCUCUGUACUACCGCGUCAGGAGAAACACCACUACUUGUUAAUUCAGUUGCCACGAGAGAGGGGAACCUGCGCACAAAUUGACCGCGCUCGAACCGCUGACCCGCUGCGAUCGUACCGCAUUUUUCUCUUUCUUUUUCUCUUUUUUUUUUCUUCCUUUCUUUUCCUCUUUUUCUACGAGUUCUCGCUUUGUCGUACCUCUCUUCAUCGUCUUGCAAACGUGCAGUUACAUUAGUCGCAACUACCAAAAUGUAGAUUCUAAUUAUCUUAGUUAUCGUGUAGGAUGCGCGCACUUACAGAAAGACUAGUAUCGGGAUUGUGUUGUAUGACAGAGCGCUACGGAAAUCGCAAUGAUUACAUUUAGUACGCAGUGCAAAUAUACUUUAGACAGCGCGCUGUUAAACACCUCACGCCUCGGUCUUUCUUUUGCAAUGGACUCGUCCGACGGUUUUUGGUGCGCGAAGCGAAAUGAAAGAGAGAGAAAGAAUAGCUCUCGAUAUACGUUUAUGAUAUCGCUGUAUAUAAUUUCAUUCUUCGAUUCUUAUCUUUCGAAGCGAUUAUCGGUAUUCGAAUGUACUAUAGAUAUAUGAGAUAUAAUUUUUUUGUAUAUGUAUGUUGUAAAUAUGACAAUGAUACGUUGUUUUUUAUGUUGACUGCAAUUUACGUACGUACGUUUAUUACUCUGUUCUCCGGAUAGAGAAUUGAAGGCAAGACGUGAAAAAAUUUGUUAGAUGCUAUACGAUUCGCGUAAUAUACUUCGCGUAAUAUUACAAAUCUUGACACGAUGCUUCGUGUUGUGUUGUUUCAUAAUUUCUUUCCAAACUAUCCGGAUUAACUGUGGGACGUCCUCGUAAAGAUAUAGAGAGUAAUUACUUUGUACUCGCGCAAUUCUCGCGAUCAUGUGUAUAAAUUCUUUUCUUUCCUCGCGAAAUAAUUUUCUAGGACACACAAUAGUUCUUUUUUUUUCUUUUUUGCUUUUUACGAAAAGGAUCUUUGCAUGUCUGUAGCAUGAUAAAAA